AUGGAUUAUACCCUGUGUAUGAGGUUUAAUAACUUGAGAACCUAUUUACCCGAUGAUUUAAGCACAGCUAAAAAUAGUGAUAUUCAUAAAUUAGGGAAUAUUAAGAAUUAUUGCUCUAAUGGAAAAUCAGAUGGAACAGGAUGUAAGAAUGAUCUUGAUAAGAUAAAUGGUGCUUGUCUAUGGUUGUUCGAUCAAUUACUUUUGAAAAAUAAAUAUAAUAUCAACAUGGCUGAAUACAUUAUUAUAUGGUUAAGCUAUAUGUUAAACCUAAAAAAUGAUCAAAAAAUCAAGAAUUUUAAUGACUUUUAUACUAAUUAUAUAGAAAAUAAUACGUAUUAUACUAAUUGUGAUAAUGCUGGUAAAGAUUGUAGUGACUCAUUACAAAAAAUAACAGGAUACACAAAUUAUAAGGAUAUCAUAGAUAAAAAAAAGGAAUUGAUGAGUAUUAAUUGGGAGUAUAGGUCUAAAUUUUAUGAUGCAUUUAAAUCAUUAUGUAACAUGUAUACUGAACUUCUUGCAGAAAACUCAAAAUGUGAGAAAUGUUUAGAAAAUGCUAAUGAAUUUGUUAAAACAUAUGAUGAACUUAACAAAAAUCCUAAUAUUAAUAAAGAUAGUCUCUAUUAUCAAGUAUUGUCUACAUUAUCAAAUGAUUAUAAUAAUUUUAAAAAUUAUUGUAAUAUGAAUGAUGUUGAUUGUAGCGAUAUCCCGCCACUUCCAGAUAUAAAAACAGCACAAAAUCCUGUACAAAGUUCUGAACCGAGUCCUGAACUGAGUUCUGAAGUUACAUCAUCAAGUUCGUCGAUAACAAACAAAUUAAUUCCAGUUUUAUCGAUAAUUGUUGCAAUACCAAUAUUCUUGGGAAUUUUUUAUAAGUAUUCGUUAUUUGGAUUUCGGAAACGAACCCAAAAACAACAUUUAAGAAAAAAACUAAAAAAAUAA